AUGAGGGCCACUGCCGUACACCCACCGCUGCCGAUCAAACUGACUUGGAAAUCAUCAGACCCCAUAUGGGUCGAACAGUGGCCCCUGUCAAAGCCUCGAAUGGCAGCCUUGCUGGAGCUGGUCAACCGCAAGCUGCAAAAGGGUUACAUAGAACCCUCCACCAGCCCGUGGAACACCCCUGUAUUUGUAAUCCCCAAAAGGUCUGGAGAAGGUUAUCGUCUCGUCCACGACCUGAGGGAAGACAUGCUCAUGGAGCGUCCCCAUAACACGUACACCCCUGCUCCAGAAGAAAACGACGAACCACCAAAACGCCAGACAGCACCCAAGAAUGCCAGGCCAUCAGGAGAAGGGAGGCAACCGCAGGAGCCCAAUAAAUUUUUACAGUUCACCUGGGCACCUACCGGCUGUAAAAAACUCGCCAUUGCGGAAGGGGUCUAUAGGAACUUUUAUACACAGCCCAAAUAUCGGAAAUGCACAGACUAUAACAUAACAGUUUUGCAACCAGAUCACCCUAGUUGGGCCACAGGCAGAACAUGGACAGUAGUCCUCAAAGGGCCAAAAGAGUGGGUGAAUGUACGAAUUAUCAAGCUCCAACCGCCAGCACCCCAACCGGUAGGACCCAAUAAGGUUAUUAAAGACGUGCUGAAAGGGGAAAACAUAACCCAUCCCAAAACCUUACCCACAAAGGCCACUGAUAUCCCGACCGACCAUGCGGAUGCCUUCCAGAUAGGCCGCUUAGCCAAAGGCAGGAAGUUUUCACAAGGUGCCAUUUACUGUAGCUUCAUCAUGGGGAAUGUCCCUAGAGUAAGAGCAAAGCGUUUAAGAAAGGGGAAGUGGCACUCUGUAUCACUUGCUUGUCUCUCUGAGCGCACAGCUAAGAUGAUGAUGGUCACUUGCCUGCUCUUCUUUAGCAUCUGGACCACUGCUCCAGCCUCUGUGCAGGUGACGAACAGAAAGGUCCAGUCAGUCCAGGCAGGAGGAAAUGUUACUUUUUCAUGCCGGUCAGUCACAAAAGAAGAUGUGAUACAGGUGACAUGGCAGAAGGAGAUGGACGGGACUGAAGACAACAUAGCAACUUACAGUAUGAUAAAUGGCCAAAAAAUAGCCAAGGCCUACAUCAGCCAUGUGAGUUUUGCCCACAGCGAGUACCAAUCCUCAGCCAUCUCCCUUCAUGGAGUCACCCUCCAAGAUGAAGGAUGCUACAAGUGCAUUUUCAACACAUUUCCCUCGGGGGCUGUCACUGGCAGGAUGUGUCUCAAGGUUUAUGCCAUCUCGGACCCCAAACUGGAAACUAAGCUUAUACCCAAUCCAGAGGAAGCUGAGGACUCUGAGAAAAUGGUGGGGAUGAGCUGCUCAGCAACAGGGAAACCAGCUCCAAAAAUAACCUGGCACCUCCCCAGCAUCCUGCAGCAGAAACCAAGGGAGUACCACAUAAAGUUCAGGAACCAGACCGUGACUGUCAUCAGCAAUUUUACCCACACCCACUCCAAAAUCCUUCAGGAGUACCCCAUCACCUGCAUGAUCCAACACCCUUCUCUAAAUUUGACCCUGGUCCUGCCCACAGACAGCCUGGAGCAGGGUCCAGACAGCAGCAUGGCACCAGCCAUGGCCACUGCCAUUGCACUGGGGAUCCUGGUCCCCCUGAUCUCCCUUCUCCUUCUCACCUGCCUCCUCUACCACUGCCUCAGGCACCUACGUGACCCAGAGAGAAACCCAGCCUGGCCCUGCUGGGUAGGUCUGCCUUUCCUCAGGAUGCUGCAAAAUUCACCCCCACAGGUCUUGGUGCUCAAUACCAUGACCUGGCUCUGCCCAGCCACACGAGGCCUGCCUGCACAUUACCCAAGGCAGGCUGAAACUGGGCUGGAGAGGGACACAGGAAUGACCACCCAGCCAGACAGCUGGGAAGGUGAAACCUGA